UACCCUCACACCCUGUAACACAAAGAUACGCUAUUUGUUUCUCCCUCUUUCGUUUCCCAACAGCUUCUUCUUCUUCCUCUGAUAAUGGCGGCCACCACAUCGUGUUCUCCGGCAAUCUCCGUCAUCUCUGAAAUCAAAACCAAACCGAUCACUACCGGAAGCUUUCCCAACUUCGCACUCCAAUCUUCCUCUUCUUCCAAACUCAUCUCUAAAACCCUAACUCUUCGCCGAUGUUAUUGGCUGGGUAUCAAAAUCCCCGCAAUUUUUCAGUGUUGGCGAUCAAAAUCUCCGCCCCACUCGAUUUCAAAGGGAUUAAGCAGAUUAGUGUUAUUGGUUGGGGAUCACAGGGACUGACUCAAGCUCAAAAUCUAAUGGACUCACUUGUUGAAGCAAAGUCUGAUAUUGUGGUCAAGGUUGGACUGAGGAAAGGUUCCAAUUCCUUUGCUGAAGCUGCUGGGUUUUCUGAAGAAAGGAAUAUAUUGGCAAUGUAGUAUGUUGAAUGAUACUUCAAAAGAAGGCUGGUGUUGGCAUAGGCACAAAUAUGAAGGCCUUGGAUUUAGUUUUAUGAACUUUUCAUUUUAGUUAAAUAUUUGAACAUCUGUUUUGAUAUAUUUUGUACUGCAAAUGGUAUCAUUUCAUUUGAA